AUGGCUUCCAAUAUCGCAGUUCCGAGGGAGCGUCGUCCCUCUACUAGUGCUCCCAUCUCUGACCUUAAGGGUCCCGUUGGGCCAGAGGGCAUCUCGAGACCAAAGCAUAAGCGUACCUUCACUGGCUUCGGAGCGGGUGAGAUCAAAAGUGUCGAGGCCUCGAUCCCCGAACCUCAACGCGCUGCAUGGAAGAAGUAUCAAACACGUCCCUUCACGAACACAGAGCAGUUCGAAAGAGAAGUCGUCCGUCAUGUCGAAACAACACUUGCCCGCAGUAUGUUCAAUUGCGACGAGACUGCUGCGUACGCAGCCGCCAGUCUGGCUUUCCGGGACAGGCUCAUCACCGAGUGGAACCGUACACAACAGAGACAGACUUUUGCUGAUGGGAAACGAGUCUACUAUCUCAGCUUGGAGUUCUUGAUGGGGAGGGCUUUAGAUAAUGCUAUGUUGAAUGUGGGAUUGAAGAAUGUUGCUCAACAGGGUCUUACAGAUCUCGGUUUCCGCAUUGAGGAUGUCAUCGAGCAGGAGCAUGAUGCUGCCCUUGGUAAUGGCGGACUUGGCCGGCUUGCGGCAUGUUUCUUAGACUCUUUGGCAUCUCUCAACUUUGCAGCCUGGGGUUACGGAUUGAGAUACCGAUAUGGAAUCUUCAAGCAGGAGAUUAUAGAUGGGUAUCAAGUUGAAGUUCCCGACUAUUGGCUUGACUUCAAUCCUUGGGAGUUUCCAAGACACGACAUUGUUGUGGAUAUUCAAUUCUAUGGCAAUGUGAGAAAGUAUCAGGAUAGCCAAGGGAAGCAAAUCUCUCUCUGGGAUGGUGGCGAGAUCGUCAAGGCCGUUGCCUACGAUGUACCAAUCCCUGGAUUUGAAACUUCUACGACUAAUAACCUGCGCCUUUGGUCUAGCAAAGCUGCUAGUGGAGAGUUCGACUUUCAGAAGUUUAAUAGCGGCGACUAUGAGAGUUCUGUGGCAGACCAGCAACGUGCUGAGACUAUCAGCGCUGUCUUGUAUCCCAAUGACAACCUUGACCGCGGUAAAGAGCUCCGCUUGAAGCAACAGUACUUCUGGGUUGCUGCUUCAUUAUACGACAUUGUUCGCCGCUUCAAGAAAUCGAAGCGUGCCUGGAAGGAGUUCCCCGACCAGGUAGCCAUCCAGUUGAACGAUACGCACCCAACCCUCGCCAUCGUCGAGCUCCAACGCAUCCUGGUUGAUCUAGAAGGCCUUGAUUGGGACGAGGCAUGGGCAAUCGUGUCCAAUACAUUUGGCUACACGAAUCAUACAGUCCUUCCCGAGGCCCUCGAGAAGUGGUCUGUUCCGUUGUUCCAGAAUCUGCUCCCCCGUCACCUGCAAAUCAUCUACGACAUCAACUUGUUCUUCCUGCAAUCAGUGGAGCGUACAUUCCCCAAGGAGCGAGACUUACUUGCUCGAGUUUCCAUCAUCGAGGAAUCUUCACCUAAGAUGAUUCGCAUGGCCUAUCUUGCCAUCGUUGGUUCCCACAAGGUUAACGGAGUGGCAGAACUGCAUUCUGAUCUCAUCAAAACGACGAUUUUCAAGGACUUUGUGAGGAUCUUCGGCCCCGACAAGUUCACUAACGUCACCAACGGGAUCACUCCAAGACGAUGGCUGCACCAGGCAAAUCCCCGACUCUCCGAGUUGAUUGCGAGUAAGAUCGGUGGCCUCGGCUUCCUCAAGGAUCUCACGCUCCUCAGUGAACUCGAGAAAUAUGCCGAUGACAAGGAAUUUAAGAAGGAGUGGCAAGAGAUUAAGUAUGCCAACAAGGUCCGGCUUGCUAGACACAUCAAGUCGACGACAGGCAUCACAGUCAACCCAGCGGCUCUUUUUGACGUCCAGGUCAAGCGUAUGCACGAGUAUAAGCGCCAGCAGAUGAACAUAUUUGGCGUUAUCCACAGAUACCUUACAAUUAAAGCAAUGACGCCUGAAGAGCGCAAGAAACUUACGCCUCGGGUGUCCAUCUUUGGUGGCAAGGCAGCGCCAGGAUAUUGGAUGGCUAAGACCAUCAUCCACCUCAUCAACAACGUCGGUGCGGUUGUCAACAAUGAUAAAGAUGUUGGUGACCUCCUGAAGGUUGUCUUCGUUGAGGAUUACAACGUGUCCAAGGCCGAGAUCAUUAUCCCUGCCAGCGACGUGAGUGAGCACAUCUCGACUGCUGGUACGGAGGCAAGCGGUACCUCCAACAUGAAAUUUGUCCUGAAUGGAGGUCUGAUCAUCGGCACUUGCGAUGGUGCUAAUAUUGAAAUCACUCGCGAGAUUGGAGAGAGCAACAUCUUCCUGUUCGGCAACCUGGCGGAGGAUGUUGAGGACCUCCGUCACGCACACAACUACGGUUCUUACACGCUGGACCCUGCACUGGCGAGGGUCUUUGAUGAGAUCAAGAAGGGCACGUUCGGCGACGCGGCAGCCUUCAGCGCGCUGACGGGGUCGAUUGAGGACCACGGCGACUACUACCUGGUGUCGGACGACUUCCACAGCUACGUGCAGACGCAGGCGCUGGUGGACGAGGCGUACAAGAACCAGGACGAGUGGAUCAGCAAGAGCAUCACCAGCGUUGCGCGCAUGGGGUUCUUCAGCAGCGACCGGUGCAUCAACGAGUAUGCGGAGAGCAUCUGGAACGUGGAGCCGCAGAGCCCCGAGCAGGCGGAGGCGGGGGCGGGCGUGGCGAAGGGGAAGGUGUAGAGGAGAGAGACAGGGCAACGAUGGCCUCUUAGUGUAAUAUAAAAAAUGGAUGAAUGGAUUGAUCCAAGGCCACGGCGUCCAGGACUCACUCGAUGAUGGAUGCAAGAAGUGGCAUCACGUGAAUGUGGCCGUCCGAGCAGAGGUGAAAGGGGGGUCUGUGUAUUGAGGUGUCCCGUACAGUAAUGUUGAUGCGUCGAUGGCGUUCUCGAACCGGGGCCAGCGCCUUCCGGGGAUGGCGUGCGCGGCAGAUG